CUUAGACUUUGUAAAUUCUGUCGGAGAACAAUCUACAUAUAAGGAAGGCCAUAGCAGAUGUUGUGGUUCAAGCUACACACUCACUUUGUAAUCAAUUCUUAGUUUCGUCCCUUCACACAGCCCCUUCUCUUUCUCUUACCCUCUUUCUCUCUGACUUGGGUUUCAUUAACUUCAAACACAUUUCUAACUAGUUUGGAUCUUGGAAGAACAAUAUACGAUGUUGUCGAAGAUUGCGAUCGGUGAUGGACACGGCGAACACUCCCCAUACUUUGAUGGCUGGAAGGCUUAUGAAAACAAUCCGUUUCAUCCUUCCGACAAUCUUAAUGGGGUUAUUCAGAUGGGUCUGGCUGAGAAUCAGCUCACAUCUGAUGUGAUUGAAGAGUGGGUAACGAAAAACCCAGAGGCCAGUAUUUGCACCCCAGAAGGAGUCCGAGAUUUCAUGGCCAUAUCUAACUUUCAGGAUUAUCAUGGCUUGCCAGAGUUCAGAAACGCUGUGGCUAAGUUCAUGGCAAGAGCAAGAGGAAACAGAGUCACAUUCGAGCCUGAUCGUAUAGUUAUGAGUGGUGGGGCAACUGGAGCACACGAAGUCACAGCUUUCUGUUUGGCAGAUCCUGGAGAUGCUUUCUUGGUACCCACUCCUUAUUAUCCAGGUUUUGAUAGGGACCUUAGAUGGAGAACAGGACUUCAACUUGUCCCCGUUGUCUGCGAAAGUUCAAACGAUUUCAAAUUGACAACGAAAGCCUUAGAAGAUGCGCAUGAGAAAGCCACAGAGGAUAACAUCAAAAUAAAGGGCUUGCUUAUUACUAAUCCCUCAAAUCCAUUGGGGACUAUCAUGGACAGUGAAACAUUGAAAAGUGUGGUCAAAUUCAUCAAUGAAAAGAACAUCCACCUCGUAUGUGACGAAAUCUAUGCUGGCACAGUUUUUGCCGAGCCUGGUUUCACAAGCAUCGCUGAGAUUAUAGAGGAACAAGACGUGGAAUGUAACAGAAACCUCAUCCACAUCGUUUACAGCCUUUCAAAGGAUCUUGGAGUUCCUGGGUUUAGAGUCGGCAUCAUUUAUUCAUACAAUGAUGACGUUGUGAACUGUGCUCGCAAAAUGUCCAGCUUUGGAUUAGUUUCCACACAAACCCAGAAUCUUCUUGCGUCAAUGCUAUCUGAUGAUGAGUUUGUGGAUCGAUUUCUCACAGAGAGCGCGAGCAGGCUUGUCAAAAGAUACAGACUUUUCACAAGAGGACUUGGCCAAGUUGGCAUAAAGUGCUUGCAGAGCAAUGCUGGUUUGUUUCUGUGGAUGGAUUUGCGCCAUCUUCUGAAGAAACAGACGACUGAAGCAGAAAUGGAGCUGUGGAAAACGAUCAUUCAUGAAGUGAAGAUCAAUGUUUCACCUGGUUCUUCAUUUCAUUGCUGCGAACCUGGGUGGUUCAGAGUAUGCUAUGCUAAUAUGGAUGAUUUCGCAGUGGAAGUCGCUUUGACAAGAAUCCGAACUUUUGUGCUUCAAAACACAGAAACAAAGGUACCUGCAAAGAAACUGUGCUCGCAGAGCAGCUUAAAAUUACGAUUAAGCUUUAAAUCGAGGAACAUGGAUGACAUGAUGAUGUCACCUCACUCGCCUUUACCUCAAUCGCCUUUGGUCAAAGCCACCAUGUGAAGUAACAUUCUGGGCACUAUUUGAAGAUUUAUUUGGUUCGUUGGUUUUUAAGUGUACAUUAGAAGAAUUAAGAUUGUUUGUUUCACAACAA